CGCAAACAAUCCCAAAAAAUGCCCGACAGUUCCUGUUUCUCUCCCAGCACCAGCGCCCAUCCACGAAGGCUCUUCCUUGCGUUGACAAACAUAAAAACCAUUCCAAACCCUCCAGUUUCGUGCGAAAAUCUCCUUGAACCGUCCAGAAUCCAGCAAUAUCGAGCUUUGUGCCUGUUUCUCAGCAGUGCAUUCAUCGUUGCCUUGUGGCCUCGCCUGUCGAGCGGGAUCCUCGUUCAUGUCAUCUUAGGGCUCGAAUAUCUUUAUGAUUUUAUAUGGCUCGCUGUCUUUGAGCCCGCCACAAUCGUUCAGGAAUUGCGCGUGGAAAAGGCAAAACAAUAUAGGAUACCGGAAUGGCACCCACUUCAAGAAAGAGGGGGCGAAAUGAGGUCAUGCAGGAUGACAUGCAGAAUGUAGUCGAGGCAAGACGCGAGGCUCUGAUUGAGGAGAGACAGAAGCAGCUGGAGAGAAUCUACGACAGACACGAUACUCUGGUCCGGGAAGCAUUUCAUAUGGAAAGAUUUACUCUGAUGCUUGGAUAUGACCCCAAGGAAGCAAAGGCAGAGCAGACAGGCGUUAUCAACGACUACAAGGCUCAGUACGACCUUCUCAACACUGCGGGUCCGUCCUCGGGUCGACGAACUCGGAGCGAACGACGGCAAAUUGUCACAGCUCCUACACACGUGUCUCCGGAAUCCGUCAAGAAGGGUAAAGGAAAAGCGAACAGUAGCACGAUAUGGGAUAUUCUGUCGACUGCAAGGCCAUCUCCAGUGAAAGGGAAGGGAAAGGAAAGGGCGUCUAUGUCUAUGGACUCUGCAUCUGUUCCUGUUGGGAGAAAGGCACUACCAAAGGAUCAUCAUUCAGUGGUGGACGUUGAGAUGGACUCUAUAUCCGCCCCAAUUGGCAAAGGCCGGAAGAAAGCAAAGUUUGGGCCAUCUGAAGUUCCUGAAGAAACGUCUAUUGUGGGACGGCGUUAUACGAGUGAAUCAAGGAGACAGCAUGUGGGCAGUAAACCAAGUGGAGGAUCAGUGUCUACGGCCGGGAGGCGUCUACGGUCGCAAGACACCACAUCUGUCGGUGCUGUUGACACGAAUGCUCCCACAACAACUGGCCUGUUUACACCUGAACCUGUCCCUAGCGUCGGAGAUCAUCACAGCGUUAUGGGACCUCCUUCAACGCCACGAAGACAGCAUAUAGGACAUUCAGACUCAGAGAUCGUUCCUGCAAUCGGAAAGCAACACCACACUUCAUCUAAUGGGAUUUCAACUAGGAAACGGCCCAGAGAGGAAUCAGAUGCAGAGAGCUUGGCUGGCAAGUCCCCGGCUACGAUUUCUACAAGAGGUGGCCGAGCAUUGCCUGCUCGUGCUGCAGCACAUCGGGUGACGGCGCCACCACCACCGCCUUCGCCUUAUUCCAAUAUCAAACGCAUCAAACUCAUUGUCCGCCGUCCCCCGCCGUCAUACACUAAUCCCAAUCAGCUCCCACCACCUCCAAAACAUGGAUCUUCGAUUUCUGCCUUUUUGUCCUCGUAUACAACCAUGGACCAUAAAGAUGUCUCUACUCGUAUUCUGCAAGAAUCAAUACGUCGCGACGCCGAUAUUCUGGAGCGAGCGUCCAAGCUGAAGGAGGAAGGUCGAUGGUUCUAUCGAUCCGAGGAAGAGGGAGAUAUAGCUCAAGUCCUCGAGACUCCUCAAGGUCCCGAGCGAACGACUAAGGAUGUGUGGGACUAUUGCAUUGAACAGAUCGUAGCGCUAGGUCAAGCAGAGGUCAAGCGGCCUAUAGGAGCGCAGAUCGCUUCUCAGAUUGCCUCCAAGGUCAAAGUGUACUGGGAAGGACAGCACGCUAAACAGGACAAGAAGCGUGCACAGGAGGAAAAGCGAUUAAAGAUUUUGGCGAAGCAGACCAUCAAGGAGGUGACGUCUGCGUGGGGUAAAAUCGUGCUGCAUAUCCGUCGUCAAGAACAGGUGGAACGCGAGGCGGAAGAAUUAAAACGAGGUCAUGAACAUCUUGAUGCUAUCCUCGAUCAGUCUGGGCUGCUGCUGGAGACGCAGCAAAGCAGUCUCGUACGUCGUUCGCGCAGUACAUCGAGCGAUGGAUUUGGAUUAUGGGGCUCUGAGGGUGGUGAUUCUGACGACAGUGAGGGUGAUGGUGAGGAAGGAGACGAUGAUGUUGAUGAUGAUGAUAGUGGUGAAGAAGAACCAGAACCUGAACAAGAGCAGUCAGAUGGUGACGAGGAAGGAGAUGAUGAUGUGGACGGCGACACGAUUGCCCUUCUCGGUGAUCGUCAAGACACCCCGAUUUCCCAGAACAUAGAGGCAACCCCGACGGCGUCUACUCCAGUCUUGCCUUCGAGAGGCUCAAUUGCCCCUGAUGACGUCGUUCACGACGAGUCUAUGAUGCUCGCGCUUGAAGACUUGCUCAUACUACCAGAAUCUAGCCCCCCUCCGACGCCAACAUCACCGUUGUAUCCUCUUGAGUCUCCUUCGCUUUCGUCAUUACCGAAUGUGCAGGUCAGGGAUGCAUCGCCCUUGGAUAACUCUGUUGCACCCUCAGACUACGCUGAAACCGUUCCCUCGUCGGUGUCCGUUGUAGCGUCUCCUCGGCAAUGCGAUGGGUCCGUCAUGACUCGAAAUCCAACUUCCCCAAAAAAUAUGCAAUCGGCAGGAACCCAAAUCGUCACCUCGGAGAUAGAUCUACUGUCUUGCGAAACUCAAGCAGAAGGCGCGGUUGAUGAAGUCUCAGCACAGACCACGUUAGAGCAGAACACGGAGGUCAAUCGGGUACAUCCGUUCGCUAAGGUCAUCAACAAUGAAACGCGUCCUCGUAGAACGGACGCGGACGCGGGCGUUAACGGCAUGGAACCACAUGCUAUAGGCGAUGAAGUUACACGAUCGGAUGCACCGGAAGAACAAGAACAAGAGUUGCCAAAACUGCCCAUAAAUCCAGAUCAUGAUGAUUCUGCUGCUGUACGGCCGGAUGAACCGGAGGAAGCAGAACAAGAGUUGCCAAAGUUGCCCAUCGUUCCUGAGUAUCUGAAGCCUUUUGCGGUCGCUCCGGUCGAGUGGGAUGCCGAUGCGCCGAUUAAGCCUCCCUUGCUACUUCGUGGCGUACUACGUCCGUAUCAACAAACAGGGCUGGAAUGGUUAACGACUCUCCAUCGCAACAACCUCAAUGGGAUCCUUGCAGAUGAGAUGGGCCUCGGGAAAACCAUCCAGACGAUAUCGCUGUUGGCACAUCUAGCUUGCGACCGUGGAAUAUGGGGUCCUCAUCUCAUCAUCGUUCCUACCAGUGUUCUUCUCAAUUGGGAGAUGGAGUUCAAGAAACGUCGCAAGGAGCUUCGUCAAGGAUGGAACGACAAGUAUCAUUUCAAUGUUUGCAUAACGUCAUACACCCUAGCGAGUCGAGACGCUCACAUAUUCAAACGGAGAGCUUGGUACUAUAUGAUCCUUGACGAGGCACAUAUGAUCAAGAAUUUUAAGUCGCAGAGAUGGAACAUUUUGUUGAUGUUUCGGUCAUUUCGUCGUCUUCUCCUAACCGGUACCCCCCUCCAGAACAAUUUGACCGAGCUCUGGGCGCUGUUGCAGUUCUUGAUGUCAGGAUCCAACUUUGCUAACUUGAAGGAGUUCGGUGAUUGGUUUUCUAACCCUUUGGAAAAGGCGAUAGAGAUGGGGAAUGCUCACGACGACGAAACGAUGCAGCGGGUGUCCAAGUUGCACACGCGGGAUGUGGAGAAGGAGCUUCCCAGCAAGUUCGAGCAUCUGAUGUUAUGUCCACUGUCGAAACGCCAACGAUACCUGUACGACGAGUUCAUGUCAAGAGCUCACACCCAGGAUGCCCUCCAGUCUGGUGUUUACCAAAAAAUUGCCAACAUCCUCAUGCAGCUCCGUAAAGUCUGCAAUCACCCGGACCUUUUUGAAGUCCGCCCCAUCGUAACCUCUUUCGCAAUGACGCGUUCAGCCAUCGCUGAUUUCGAAAUCAAAGAACUUCUCAUCCGCCGGCGCUUGCUAACUGAGGAAGAAGAGUCGCUCAACCUUGAUUUCCUGGGUCUCAGAUUCAUUGACCGGCAGAACACUUCUGAAUUUGGUGCUAUGGGGACGCGGCGUCUGGACGCCACAUCGCACCUGCCAUUUAUCUUUGAACUGCCGGGGGAACCGCCUCCCAAGGACAUGCGCACCAUUGACGGCUUCCGUGCAUACGCGACUUGGAAGAGUCGGGCUGACAAGAUCGCACAUUGGAUCCAUGUGGCAUAUGUGAAUCGUCAUCGGAUCCAAAUGUACCCUAUCACCAGCUGCGAGAUGAUUGCCCCAUCCUCCCGCUGUCCCUAUGUUGACCAAACGGCCUAUCUCGAUACUAUGAUCACGACGCAUAAGAUGGUCAAGACCUACGCCGAGCGCUCAGAUGAAAUGGCCAGUACUAUUGAUCGUUUCGCCUUCGCAACACCCGCAGUGGUUGCCCUUGAUAUUCCCUGUAUAGCGUUCCCGUCAUUGCCGAUUAAUCAGAUCCCACGGGAUUUUGACGCGGUGCUGCAUAAAUCCAGUGUCAAACUCCAGAUCGCCUUCCCUGAUCCGUCGCUCCUUCAAUAUGAUUGCGGCAAGCUCCAACAGCUGAAUCUUCUGCUCCGAGAGAAGAAGGCUGGUGGCCACCGUGUGCUCAUAUUCACUCAGAUGACCCGCAUCUUGGAUAUUCUUGAGAUUUUUCUCAACUUUCACGGGUACCUCUAUCUGCGCUUGGAUGGGGCCACGAAGAUAGAGGAUCGGCAGUAUAUCACGGAGCGCUUCAAUGCUGAUUCACGAAUCUUUUGCUUCAUUGCCUCGUCCUCGAUCCGGUGUCUCACCGGCGCGGAUACCGUAGUCUUCUACGAUAGUGAUUUUCAAUCCUCAAAUGGAUCAGCCCAUCGAAUUGGUCAGAUUCGCGACGUUCAUAUCUAUCGCUUUGUUUCCCAGUACACUGUCGAGGAGGCGAUGCUGCGGAAAGCCAACCAAAAGCGAUCUCUUGACGAUCUUGUGAUCCAAAAGGGAGGGUUCGAUUGGCGGACUAUUUUCAACGAUGAGAAGGCUUUGACGAAUGCUCUGGAGGAGUUCGAUGAUCAGGAGGAUGCGCAUGCUGCGGCUGUUGCUACGCGAGAGGAAGUUGCCAUAGUAGGGGCGGACGAAGCCGAUUUCGGUGAAGGAGAGACGACACGAGACGUCGAUAACAGGGAGAGCGAGCAGGUUGAUGUUGAGCAGCAGCCUGAGGAAGUGCAGGAAGAGGAAGAGGACGAAGAGGAGGGCGGUACGAUUGCCGACUACAUGCUUGCUUUUGUCAAGCAAGACUAUGACUACUUCAGGGACUGGCGCGUGUGAGCCAUGGAGUGCAUC